AUGAAUAUUAUUUUUCGUCGAUUUCUUUCAACUUCAACAGAAAAUAGUUCUUAUACUAUAUCAUCACGUUUACUUAAUCGUAAUCCACGUACACUUGAAUGGCAAAAUUUACAAUGGCGUGCAACUGGUUGGUCAUUACAAUAUCCACCAAAAGAUUAUUUACAUCGUGCAAAACUUCUCUCAUCUGGUAGACAUUUAACUGCACAAAUUGAUCAUUAUUAUACGGGAAAUAUCUGUGUACAAGUUUCAACAUCAGAAUGGGGUAUACGAAAACAUUUAGCGACAUGUAAAGAUCGUUCAGUUGCUUAUAAUCUUGCAUUAAUAUUAGCACAACGUGCUGAAGAAUGUGGAAUAACAAAAAUAUAUUUCGGACAUCCAUAUGAUAAACGAUAUGAAAAUUCUUCACGUUUACAAUAUUUUUAUCGUGGUUUAAUUGAUUCAAAUAUUGAAUUUGAACAACGUGAAAAUAAUCAAACACAAAUAACGCGAGAUUCAAUUGAUGGUAUUAAUUAUGAUGAACAUGAACGUGAUGUAAGAUAUACAUCACCGAAAAUGCAUUAUCCACCAGAUAAAUAUCAAGAAAAAUUACAUUAUUUUCAAUUAGGAUUAAAUAAAACGAAUGAACCAUUAGAAAAUAAAAGCGACAAAAUUUUGUCAUAA